AUGGAUGCAAAGAAGCUGCGUCGCAACAUUUGCAAUGUUGUUAUUUGUAAUGGGAACCGAUCCGGAAAUGAUUCGAAUUCGUGGGAUACACUCGAAUCUAGACUUUAUAAUUGUUUUUUCGGUGAUGCUGACCGCAUUGCAGACUCUUAUCUGCGCUAUGGAAGAUACUCCCAGUAUGAAUCAUACGAAGACAAUGAUAAUACUGUGGCCUAUUAUCGAGGAGCAAUGAUUGGACAAUCAUGGGAUGGAAGUCAUAAUUCAUAUUUGGAAGAUGAUGAAGCUAUAGCUAGAGAACUGCAUCAAAGUUAUAAUUCGCAUUUGGCAGAUGAUGCAGCUAUAGCUAGAGAACUGCAGGAGAUGGAGGAUAGUUUGGGGAGUAUGUCCUUAUAUGAUGGACCCUUUGGAAGUAUAACUGAUUCUGAAUGGGACAGUAAUCGUGGACGAACCUCUGCUCAGGCUGGACGUGAAGUUGGAGUUGAUUUAGAUAAUAUGUCAUAUGAGGAAACGAGUCGAUUCGAAGAAUCCUUGGGCAGGGUAAGCAAAGGCCUGUCGCAGGAAGCAAUUUCUAGGUUGCCUAAGCACAAGUACAGUCCAUCAAGCACAAGAGGCAAAUCAGGAGGAGAUACAGAGAUUGCUGUGUCUGCAAAGUGGAGGUGGCUGUAUGGUAGUUCAUUUUGGCUUUUGAUAUGGUAG